CCCGGGCUAGAGCUUCGCGAAGGCGGGGGAGGAGACGCUGUCGCCCUGCGGACCGACGGACGGACGGACGGGCGGGGCGGUCGCCGCUGGCUGGAGGAGCCCCGGGGAUCUGCGAGCCUGCCCUAUGCCGCCAGCCCGCCGCUGAGAUCUACACGCCCUGCCCGCGCACGGGUGCGGCUGCGGGUGUCCCCCCCGGGAGACGGAAAGCCUCCAUCGCACGGCGGCAAUGGAGGUGAAUUGUUUAACACUAAAAGACUUGAUCAGCCCCAGGCAGGCCAGACUAGAUUUUGCCGUUGAAGAUGCAGAAAAUGCACAAAAGGAAAAUAUAUUUGUUGAUCGAUCCAGGAUGACCCCAAAGACUCCGAUGAAAAACGAACCGAUUGAUCUGUCCAAGCAGAGAAUCUUUACCCCAGAAAGAAGUCCCAUUACUCCAGUGAAGCCGGUCGACCGGCAACAGCAGGUGGAACCAUGGACGCCCACGGCCAACCUCAAGAUGCUCAUCAGCGCCGCCAGCCCAGACAUAAGAGACCGGGAGAAGAAAAAGGAGCUGUUCAGACCCAUUGAGAAUAAAGAGGAUGCGUUUGUGAACUCCCUGCAGCUCGAUGUCGUUGGUGAUGGUACUGUGGACGACUACGAAAAGCAAAGGCCAAGCAGAAAGCAGAAGAGCUUAGGACUGCUGUGCCAGAAGUUUCUAGCUCGCUAUCCAAGUUACCCGCUGUCGACUGAGAAAACCACCAUCUCCCUAGAUGAAGUCGCUGUCAGCCUCGGUGUGGAAAGGAGACGCAUCUACGACAUCGUGAACGUGCUGGAGUCGCUGCAUCUGGUCAGCCGGGUGGCUAAGAAUCAGUACGGCUGGCACGGUCGGCACAGCCUGCCUAAGACCCUGAGGGCACUCCAGAGGCUGGGGGAGGAGCAGAAGUACGAAGAGCAAAUGGCCUGCCUCCAGCAGAAGGAGCUGGACCUGGUGGACUAUCGCUUCGGAGAACGCAGGAAAGACGGCUCCCCGGACCCCCAAGAUCAACACCUGCUCGACUUCUCUGAAUCCGACUACCCUUCCUCAUCUGCAAACAGUCGGAAAGAUAAGUCUCUAAGAAUUAUGAGCCAGAAGUUUGUCAUGCUCUUCCUCGUCUCCAAAACCAAGAUUGUUACCCUGGACGUGGCUGCCAAAAUCCUCAUAGAAGAAAGCCAAGACACCCCAGACCACAGUAAAUUCAAAACGAAGGUACGGCGCCUCUACGACAUAGCCAACGUUCUGACCAGCUUGGCUCUGAUAAAGAAAGUGCACGUCACGGAAGAGCGAGGCCGGAAACCAGCCUUCAAGUGGAUCGGGCCCGUGGACUUCAGCGCCAUCGAUGAAGAACUGUUGGAUGUCUCAGCAUCUGUCUUACCGGAAUGGAAGAAAGAAACAUACGGCCAGAUCCGAGUGUGCGCCAAGCAGCGGCUGGCUCGGCACGGUUCCUUCAACGCGUUUCAGACAUCUGAGAAGAUCGAGAGGAAAGUGAGCUCAGAACCCAGCAGCCCACGGGGAGGAAAACAAGGAUCAGCCUAUUCCCUAGAAAUUGGAAGUCUGGCAGCCAUCUACAGACAGAAAGUGGAAGAUAAUUCGCAGGGGGAAGCCUUUGCCAGUAGCAGAGCGGUGCCUCCAGCGAGCGGCUUGGACCCUGCCCGCCCCGCCGAUGCAGAAUACCGCGUCAAGCCUCUAGCCCACCCGGUCUUUUCCGUUGCUCAGACAGAUCUGCAGGCUUUCUCCACGCAGAACGGUCUACGUGGCGGACACGUGGGCGGCCCGCUUCCCUCCGCAGCAUCAGCAGCCCCUGACGCGGAGAGCCUGAAGCCGGCUCUGCUGGCCGGCCAGCCCCUGGUGUACCUGCCCUCCUCGCUGAUCAUGCUGUGUGGGAGCCUGCCGGAGGGGCUGUCCCCAGAGUCACGACCCGAGGAGGACGGUGGCGGCGGCGCAGAAGUCCCGGCUGACCUGUCGCUGGCACCCUCGGCUCAGAAGCGCCUGUGUGAGGAGAGGAACCCCCGAGAAGAGGACGAUGAGCCCGCCAUGAAAAGACAGAGUCAGGAAUUUGAAGACAGCCCCUUGUCCCUAGUCAUGCCCAAGAGACCCUCGACGUCCACAGCCCUCGCCUCUCCUGUGACCGCGGGCGAUGGGAGAGCCACCCCCCUGGAAGACGCCCGUGUAACGGGUCAGCUCCCCGCGGCCGCCGCGGAAGACGUUCCGGGCAGGGCUGCGGCCAACGGCUGCUUCCUGGCCUCUGAAUGUGGAAACCCGCUGAGAAAUCCAGACGCCGAAACGUCUUCAAACGAAAAGGGGAUCACCAAAGACUCCUCGCUGCCGCAGUUCCUGUAUGUGCAGUCUCCAGCAGGGCUGAAUGGUUUCAACAUGCUCCUGUCAGGCAGUCAGACCCCCCACGCUGGGGGUCCAUCCUCGGGUCCGCUGCCAUCCUUCGGCGUGCCUUGCAUGUUCCUGCCAUCUCCAAGCUUGGCCCCCUUCCCGGUUCUCUACUCUCCCGCCAUACCCGGGCCCAUCCCUUCGGCUCCCGGCGCUCUCCCCAGCACGGGACCCAUGAAUUUCGGCUUGUCCCCCCUGGGGUCUACCGCUCACCUUCUCCUCAGCCCUGCGGCCGUGGUCCACCCGAAGCCGUCCAGCAGCAUCCCUUCCGCGGACCCUCAGCUUCAGUGCCAGCCCUCCCUAAACCUGAGUCCAGGGAUGCCGGGCUCCCACGGUGUCAUCCACCCCGAGUCCCCUGGUUACAUGAGACAUCCGGUGUCGAUGGUAAAUGUAGAACAGUCACCCGCACCAGCGACCCCCAAGAGCAUCCACCGGAGACACCGGGAGACGUUUUUCAAGACCCCUGGCAGCCUCGGAGACCCUGUCUUUAAGAAAAGAGAGAGGAGCCAAUCACGAAACACUAGCUCAGCCCAGAGACGGCUAGAAAUCUCGAACAGUGGGCCUGACUAACUUGACGCUCCAGUGGGUGGGGUCGCCUCCGCACCCAAAGUUCCCUGUGUCCCAGACAAUGUCCCGAGGCGACCACAGGCCACCCCCGUCCUUAGCUUGUGUCUUUGCUCUCUGGUUCCGCUAACUUCCCAACAUCAUGAGUCACCCUAUUUUCCUGAAAGUGAUUAUUGCUAAUUAUGCAUUCGAUGCCAGCUAGAGUCGGGGGGGCCCUGCGUGUCCCAGCGGCAGUCCUGACUGACUGGUGACUGGUGUGGUCUGGUUCAAGAAUCAUCCGAGUGCUGGAAGUAAGUCAGUCCUAACAGGCUGCUGGAGCCUUGGGGUUCUUCUGAAGUAGGGGGUGGGGGCUGUCUAGCACUUAACCAGGGCAAGUGGUGGCGACGUGCAUACCCGCCUGCCCUGAGUGAGUCUGUGGUGAGAACUUUCUCUACAGCCUAAAGACGCUACGGCUUCCUCCUCGGGCUCCAGGAAGGAAGCCAGCCGCCUUCAGUUACAAAUCCUACAGUAUUAUUUAUUUUGUUCUUCAAGUGGGGGGGUGGGGGGGACGACUUACUGCACAAAGUUUACGACAUCGGUCUAACACGUAUUUUUCAGGGUAUCGCGACUUGAAUGUUUAAGACUUUUUUUUUUUAUAAAUUGCCCUGCACUUAUUCUACAACUUAUUAAUAAUGUGGAUAAAUGUAUAUGUACACAACACAUGUCAAGACCAAAGUAACUGUGAAUGCCCCGCCUAGGUAUCGAUGAACUGUGCUUGUCCCGUCUGUCCGUCUGGGGGCGUGGGACCACCACCGGAAGUCGAGGUGCCUCGCCUGCUUCUCCCGUGAACAGUGAGGUUUUACUGUUUGUUGAGAACAAAACGAAACCUACUGUGCUCCGCUUCCUUUGCGUACAGAUCAAUGGCUGAUUCUUUUACUUUCUUUUCCUUGCCUUCCUCGUACUUGGAGGGAGGAAGGGGGGGAAAUGGGCACAUUCUGUCCAUUCCUGAGAGCGCUCCGAAGUUCUGUGGUCCAGAAAAGGGGCGGCGGGCACAGGCGUUGGUUGGUCUAACAGAUGCAGUUCUGGAAACUGCCGGACGUCUCCCCCUGUGCGCCACGUCGCUCUGGGGUUCUCCGUGUUCUGCAUGGAUGCGUGUUUUUACCUCGAUCUUGUCUCUGCAGAAUAAACCUCUUCCCCUGUCUUCCUCCUGCGGCCUUUUUCUCAUGAAACUUCCUAGAUUUAGAGUCUUAACAUAAGGCUACCUUUUCUUUGUAUUUUUGUGCCCCAUAAAAUACCAUAUAAAAGAAUAAGAAAUAUUAAUUUAAGAGACUCUGGGAGUCUGAUCAAAGUAGCUUUAUAUUAAGUACAGGACAUCUUUAGUCUUACUACCCCAACAAUCGCUUUUGAAAACUUGAAAUGGGUGGCCCAGAUUUAACGCAUUCGCUACUGAUCAAUUUUUUUUUUUUUUUUAAUCAACACUAAGCUUCUAAAGUUGCAAUAAGGCAUUGUUCCCCUUUUUAAAAGUUUUUGUUUGGUUGGUUUUGUUUUCGUCUUUUCUUGAGUUAGGUAAAAAUUGCAUGGUGGUGGUGGUGACUCUGAAUCCACACUGCUGGUUCCUUCCUGGAACACGGAAAAAUCGCCCUUUUUCCGUUUAUCGGACAUGCAGCAAGUGAGCCUUGUUGAAGGCGCUGGCAUUUAAAAUCCGCCACGCUUAUGAACUUCCUUUAUCAAGAAGUCCGCAUAUCAAUAGAAACACAACCCUCUUUCCUUGCUCCUGGAUAACGUUCAUUUAUUUUGACUGUUUGCCGCCCUGUCCUAUCAUCGAUUUUUUACUCUCGUUUGUGAAUUGACCACAUUAACCUCAGAGAAUUUGUGGUUCUUGAGAGGGUGCGAAGAAGCAACUUCAUCCGUGGGAAAACCGAGUCACUUGUGUCCGAGGGUCCCACGUGGUGCGGCUUGGGACUCUUCCAGAAGACUGAUGCCCUUUCGAAGCUGCACAGCUUGACCCGGGGCGGAAGAGCAGUGGCAAUCCAGUCUGUCGUAGUCUAAUGAGUGCAAGAAGAAGUAACUGUUAGCGACCCUGCGGAGGACAUGCUCACACCGAGUCGGUACCGAGGGGGUGUGCCGCCUCAAACCGUGCUGUCCGGGGUUUGCGAGACCCUUGCAUUCUGGUACAAGAGUUGGGGGUAUAACUUUUAUACUUGAACCUACCUACCAAGUUUACAUUGCUCGAUGUAAGGUGCUAUUUCUGUAUUUAAAUAACUCCAGUGUAAAAGCUGCUUCCUGCUUACCUUAUUGCACUGCUAGGUUUCUCUGUAGAUGUUAAUUUUAUUGCUGCUUACCGCUUUGUGUUUUCCACGUCCUUUUGGCUCCGCUCUCUCCUAGUGGCUAUAUUGUCCGUAGCCAUCUAACUUGUAACUUUACUACAUGUAAACCAAUCUUUCCUUUUAGAAAAAUACUAAGCUUUAUAUAGUAGCCAUGAAAAUAAAGGCCAUUUAGUAAGAAA